AUGACUUUGAAAGCUCCUAGAGUCUGGUUUAUCACAGGGUCGUCCACUGGUUUCGGUCGCCUGAUGACCCAGUGUGUCCUCAGGAAUGGAGACAAAGUGGCCGCGACGUUGAGGAAACCCGCCAUGCUCGCGGACCUCGCAGAACAAUUCAGCCCCGACCAGCUGCUCGUCCUGAAGCUCGACGUCACCAACCACCAAGAGAUCCUCGACACUUUUACCGAGGCUGGCAGGCACUUCGGCCGCAUCGACGUCGUAUUCAACAACGCCGGCUAUGCCCUGUUGGCAGAUGUCGAAGGUGCAACCGACGAGGCCGCGCGCGCAGUGUUCGAGGUCAAUUUUUGGGGUGCGGUCAAUGUUAGUAAAGAGGCCGUCAGGUGGUUUCGCGAGGAGAAUAAGCCAUCCGGCGGAAGACUGCUGCAGAACUCUUCCGUCUUGGGAUUCACUCCUGACGCAGGUAUUCCAUUCUAUGUCGCGUCGAAAUUCGCUCUGGAAGGGUUGAGUGAGUCGUUUGCUUCGAGCCUUGACCCUGCAUGGAACAUCAAGAUCACUCUGAUCGAGCCUGGCUGGUUCCGCACAGACGUUCUGAGCAGCAACAUGGAUCGCAGCCAAGUGCAUCCCGCGUAUGCACACCUACCUGCUGCCACAUAUCAUAAGCAUCUCGAUGGCAACCCCCUUGUUCGUGGUGACACCGAGAAGGCUGUAGAAGUGAUUUACGCGGUCGCCAACUUGCCUGAUCCUCCUGUUCGCUUUCCUCUCGGCAGGGACUGCAACGAGUCGUUCAGGAAGCAAAUUGCGAAGCUCACCACUAUCAUGGACCAAUACGGAUCAUGGUCAGACGAGCUGGAUGUCGAGUAG